UAAAGGCCUGCGUCUUUUCACCUUGAAAUUUAUAUAAAAACCUAAGCGCGCAGAAAUGAAAGCAUUCGCACAUCCAGUUGCAAACAACCAACUACUGAAAAUGUUCGCUAAGGUCCUUGUCCUCUGUGCUGCUUUAGCAGCAGUCCAUGCUUCUUUCAUCGCUCCUGUUGGAUAUGGUGCUCCAGUUCUUUCUGCUGGUCCCUUAGGAAUCGGAAAAAGUUUGAUCGCUACUCCCGCAGUGGCAACAGUAUCGUCUCAGAAAGCAGUCAUCAACCAUGUAGAACCUGCCGCCCGCGUUGCCGCUGCUCCAGCUCAUAUUGGAGUUGCCAGUCAUGGAAUCCUCUCUAAUGGAUUUGUUGGUAGACAUGCAAUUGCUGCUGCUCCUUUGGCUGUUGGUGCAGGAAUUUAUGGCGCUCCCAUCGCUCUUGGAGUUGGAAACCUCGGUCUCGGACAUGGGUCCGUUGUGUCAUCCCAGAAAUCCGUCAUCAACCAUGUAGCUCCAGCUGCGCCCGUUGCUGUUGCAGCUGCUCCUAUCGCUCUUGCUGCUCAUAGAAUCCAUGGAAGUGGCCUCCUUGCCAACGGAAUCGUAGGUGGACAUGGAAUUGCUGCUGCUCAUCUUGCCACUGGUCAUGGCCUCCUCGGUGCUCCCGUCGCUCUCGGUCUUGGAAACACUGUAUCAUCUCAGAAAUCCGUUAUCAACCAUGUAGCUCCAGCUGCUCCUGUCGCUUUUGCUAGUAAUGGAAUCUAUGGAAAGGGCCUUAUUGCCAAUGGAAUCGUAGGUGGACAUGGAAUUGCUGCUGCUCCUCUUGUCGCUGGUCAUGGCCUUCUUGGUGCUCCCUUCGCUCUCGGUCAUGGAACCGCAGUAUCAUCUCAGAAAUCAGUCAUCAGCCAUGUAGCCCCUGCAGCUCGUGUCGCCGUUGCUGCAUCCCCUCUUGCUCUAGGUCACACUGGAUUCCUCAGCAAUGGACUCAUUGGUGGACAUGGAAUUGUUGGCAACAGUCAUGUCGCUGGAGCUCCCCUUGGAUUUGCCGGGCAUGGAAUUUCUGCUUUUCCCUUGUCCAUUGGUAGUGGCAUCCACGGGACUCCAGUUGCACUUGGCUAUGGAAAAGCCAUCUUGUGAAUACUAGUCACCAAAAUUAAUAAUCAAUGAAAUUGAAAUGUCAUUUGUUUUUUAUCCUGAACAUUUAUCAUUGUUUUGAAUAUGUCUUGUGACUCAACUAUUUAUUGUGAAUCUUAUCUUAA